UGGCUGCCAGCGGCCGCGGCCCCGGCGCCGGGCCCCGCCAUGGAUCCCGCCGGGGCGCGCGCUGAGCGGCCGCAGGCAGCCCCCCGCAUGGCCUGCGGGCAGGGCGCGCUGCUGCCCCCGGCCACCGGGGACCCCCCGGCGCUGGGCCUGCGGGAGCCGCCGAGGCGGAGACGCUCCCCGGACGGGACGGGCGCCAGGCGGCCCCGGGGGCGACCGGGCAGCAGCAGCAGCAGCAGGGCCUCGCCGGGGCUGGAGGAGCCGAGCCGCCGGGAGCCUCCGGUGGAGCCGGGCGGACGGAGCCCGCUGGAGCUGGAGGAGCCGGGCAGCAGGGAGCCGUCCCCGGUGUGCCUGGAGCUGGGCGAGCCCGGGGCGGCGGCGCGGUGCCGGCGGGGCGGGGGGCCCCCCGGGCGGGGCCCCGCGGGGCUGUCGGUGAAGAUGGCUUUCCGCCGCGCCUACUCCAUCAAGGACAAGCUGCAGGCCAUCGAGCGGGUGAAGAAGGGCGAGCGGCAGGCCUCGGUGUGCCGGGACUUCGGGGUGCCCGGCGGCACGCUGCGCGGCUGGCUCAAGGACGAGCACAAGCUGCGCUGGUUCCUGGACCAGCUGGGCGGCGAGGUGGGCACCCAGCGCAAGAAGAUGCGCCUGGCCAACGAGGAGGAGAUCGACCGGGCCGUCUACACCUGGUUCCUCACCCUGCGGCAGCACGGCGUGCCGCUCUCCGGGCCCAUCAUCCAAGCCCAGGCCGAGGCCUUCGCCCGCCAGAUCUACGGGCCCGAGUGCACCUUCAAAGCCAGCCAUGGCUGGUUCUGGCGCUGGCAGAAACGGCACGGCAUCUCCAGCCAGCGCAUCUAUGGCGAAGGCGGUGGAGGGGGGGACCCCGCCGCUCCAGGGACCCCGCCGCUCAAGGCUGAGCUGGAGCCCGGGGCCCCCUCUUCCACCUUUCCGGACCCUUCGCUGCUCCUGCCCCCGCCGCCUCCUCCUCCAGCCGCUGCGGCUCCUUCGGACGGGGGAGGCUACGGGGACGAGCAGAUCUACAAUGCCAAUGUAACUGGACUCUACUGGAAGCUGCUGCCAGGCCAGGCUGGAGAGCUGCGGGCCCAUUCCCCCCGCCUGCAGGCUCCCCCCCGUCGGAGGCUGGUGGUGAAGGAGCGCGUCACCGUGCUGCUGGCUGCCAACCUGACUGGCUCGCACAAGCUGAAACCGCUGGUGGUUGGGGGGCUCCCAGACCCACCCAGUCUCCGGCACCACAACCAGGACAAGUUCCCGGCCUGCUACCGCUACAGCCCCGAGGCCCGGCUCGGACCUGCCCUUCUCCGGGCCUGGUUCUUUGAAGACUUUGUGCCAGGAGUCAAGCGUUAUCUGCGCCGCAGCUGCCUCCAGCAGAAGGCGGUGCUGCUUCUCAGCAGCCCCCCGCCGCCCUCCGGUGCUGGCCCAGAGGAGCCACCCCAACUGCAGACCCCAGAUGGCUCCAUCCGAGCCCUCUUCCUCUCCAAGGCUGCGGCAGGGGGCAGCUCAGCUGGAGGGGGAGGCCGUAUCCCCGCCCCGCUGGAGCAAGGCGUGGUGUCUGCCUUCAAGCAGCUCUACAAGCGGGAGCUGCUGCGAUUGGCCGUGUCCUGCGUGGCCAGUGGGGGAGGCGGCCCCGCUGGGGGGCCCAGCCCAGCCGGCGGUGGGAGUGGCCCCCUGGACUUUGUGCGCUCUUUCCUGCUCAAGGACAUGCUGUACCUCGCUGGCCUCUCCUGGGACCUCAUCCCUGCUGGCUCCAUCGAAAAGUGCUGGCUGCUCGGGCUGCGUGCUGCUUUUGAGCCCCAGCCUGGGGAAGAGGAACAGGGGGAACCACUGGGUGGGGAUGGAGGCGGUGGGGACAGCAAGGUCUUCAGCGAUCUCACCCAUCUGGCUGCCCUGGCCUAUAAACGCCUAGCACCCGAGGAGGUGGCCGACUGGCUGCACCUGGACGAUGCGGCACCAGGCAUGGAGGGGGAGGAUGGGGAAGGGGAUGGUGGAGAUGAAGGACCUGGAGGCUGUGGCGGGGAUGAGGAUGAGGAGGCAGCAGGGAUGGAUGCAGGCAGUGGGGGAGGCAGUGGAGUGGAAGAGGGAGGGGAGCCCCCAGUGCCCACGGCCCGGGAAGCCAUCAGGGGCUUGGAGACAGCACUACGCUGGCUGGAGAGCCAGGACCCCCGGCAGGUGGGACCACUCAAGUUGGUGCAGCUCCGCUCCCUCAUUAGUAUGGCCCAGCGGCUGCACCAAGGGGGUAGCUCAGACUCAUAGGGGGUGCGAAGGGGACUGGAGCUGGUCAGCCGCCUACUGCUGCAUCUUUGGGGGUGUAGCCCCACCAGACUCCCAUGGGAUGGAUGGGGACUAACCCCACUCUGCAAUGGGACUGACAAUGGGGAACCCAACCCCCCCCACCCAUCAUUGCUAGGGAGUGGGGUCUAAUACCUCGUGGGGUUCAGAUGUCCCUCCCCCUGGGGCUACCCCCCUGUCACUGAGGGGUACGCCUACUUCCUGGGGCUAAUAAGGGGGGAUAACCCACUGUAAAAUGCCAUCACUGAGGGCUAUUCCUCACUCUAAACAUCAUUGGGAGGUGCUAUUCCCUACUCAUGGAACGUAGGGGGAUAAUUCCGAGCAACAUCACUGGAGGGCUAAUCCUUACCCCUGACAUCAGCAGAUCCUCCAACCCAUGGGGCAGAGGCAGGGGGACCAAUCUCCGUAUCCAGUGUCGCUGCAAGGAAGGGGCUUACCGCCAUUUUCCUGGGAUUGAGGGGAGACUAACCAACGUCCCUGAGAAGGGCUGAGGCGGGGGACUGGCCAUCAGUGGGUCAGAGAAGGCACGCUGCCCCCUAGCUUGACUGAGAGGAGGGGAUUCUCCCUCACAGGAGUGGGACUAAUGAAGAUGGCGGCAGUAAGAAUCCUGCUGUGAGGGGAAGGGGGCCUGCAUGGCUACACACGCCAAGAGAGGCUCUUCCUUCUCAAGUUGUAAAGAGGAAAACAAAUGCUGGGCAAGGAACGAAGCUAAACGGAUAGCUUGCCUGCAGUCUCCCACACAAAGUUCUGUGGAGGUGAAUCCAGGUGGCACCAGCAGCCUCACUGUCCAGACCCAAAUCAUCAAUGGACUGUAGCUGCUACCAGGAUGUAAACUGGCAGCCACGUGCUUGGGUAUCUUUUUGUAAGAACUAACGUUACACCCUGGCGAGGGCUGGUCAUUCAUACCCUUCCCAUUUGCUAACUGGUUGCUUGUUAAGCUAGGGUGGGUUUAAAACUGGGGUGGGUUUUACAUGCACUGGAUUAGAACUGGUACGCUCUGGGCUGGGGGUACUCUUAAUAAGCUACAGGCCACCCCGAGAGCUGGUGAGCUAAUGUAAACUCCGCGGUUACUUUCUGUGCACAAGGGAUGCUAUAGCUCUUAAACCAUGGAUACUUCAGUCUCUUUAAAAAUUAAAAUACCGUUUUUUGCAAUCAUAGCAAAAUAGUUAAGCCUGGUGGCUAGGAAGAGAACGAAAUUCCCUUCAGCGGUGGGACAUUCUGCAGGCAGCAGAUUCUUGGUUUUGCCUCUAUAGAGGCUGUUAUAGUGAGGCAGCUUGUUACAUGUCCUGCAGCUGGAGCGAGGCAGGAAUUGGAGGGGCCCACAACAUUUAUAUUAAAAAAUAGAGGCAUGAGAUUCUAAUUGGAAUCUUUUUUUUAUUUUUUGGCCUGGUUUUAAAAAAAAUACUUUUAGUCUGGCUAGUUAGCAAAAAUAAAAAAUAGUUAGUUGAACAGUCCUGCAUUGUGGCAGGUGGGGAUGGAUACUUAGCCAUCUUUUCCAUCUCAUAACAUAACUAUGAAGAUCUAAUCAAUUUCUGUUCCACUGGGAGAGUGGGGGUUGGUAAAUCGUCCCCUUAGCAGGAUGUAUAGUGAAGCAAAAUAGAUUUUAAUGUGACUUGUCUUCAAAUGAUGUGGCAAUUAAGCUUUUGAUUUAACCCUUGAAAUUGCAUUAACUGUACAUGAUUCUCCUAAAUUUGUUUCAAUAGGCAAAGUCAUCCGGUUACCUGUUUAAAAAAAAAACAAAAAAAACCACUGGCUGCUCUGAAAAAUAAUCUCUUGAAUUGUAGUUCAACUCUUGCUUCUGAGCCCAUGAACUAAUACUGAGACUUGUUUACAAAAUAAAAUCUCAUAGCUUGAGACCAAGAAGAGUGAAUAAAUUGAUACCGUUGCCUUAUAAUCCUGGUUUUCUCCAUUUGGAUAAUCAGCUCUGAACAGUGUCCUUUAAAACUGGAAUUCCAGCUUCUGCUUUGGAGUAGCUUUAUUAGGGACAGGUGAAGACUGCCUGCUAGCAAAUGAAAGACAGUUAAUUUAGGAAACAAUAGAGAGACAAAAACUAGCACAAAACUGACAGCAGGGUUCAUAUUACAAGGAAACUGUCUUUUCAAAAAUAUAAAGGUAAAUUCCACUACAGUAAAGUUAAACACUUAGAUUACUGGAGCCAUGUGCACUUUUAAAAAAUAUAUUUAUUUUUGCUGUUCAAUUUGCACUGUCUUCAGAGCCAGCAUAUGAAAA